AUGGCUGUAAGAAUAGACACGAAGGAGGGGUAUUGGACAAUAAUAUCAGUGUAUGCACCGCAAGCCGGCUGCCCCGUCUACGAAAAGGAUGAGUUCUAUCUGAACCUUGACGAGGCCAUCCGAUCGGUUCCGGAGGGUGGCUACCUUACCAUAGCAGAGGAGCAGUUCGGCCUCAUGCCUGAAAGGUCUACAGCGGAUGCCAUCUUCAUAGCUAGGCAAAUUAUGGAGAAGUAUCGAGAAAAGCGUAGACCCUGCUAUCUAGCCUUCCGACCUGGAGAAGGCAUUCGACUGUCUCCCGCGACAGGUCCUAUGGAGUGCGCUCCGAAAGCGAAACGUGCCAGAACAUCGUUCUCGGUCAAGGAUAUUUGCGAUGGCUCCACUACAACAAUACGCACUGCGCACGGUCAAACGGGAGCAGUAGUUGUCUCUAUUAAGGUACACCAGGGAUCAGCUCUGAGCCCGUUCCUCUUCCUGUUUACGAUGGACGUCAUCACAGAGGAACUCGUGGAUGGACCACUUGAGACCAUCCUCUACGCUAAGGAAGAACUCCAGGACAAUCUCCAGAAAUGGCAGAAAGUGCUGGCGGAAAAUGGACUCCGGCUGAACUUCGCCAGCUGCGGAAUGUGGAGAAUAGCAGCUGACGAUGGAAAUGGCUUUCAGUUGCGCAUGUCGUGGGCUCAAGAUGGCAAAUCAAGGAGGCAGGACUUCGUGAAAAUCGACGAGAUGACGACAGACGUGUUCAUAAUAAACAUAGCACCUGUGAAAAUUCGCGAUGGAAUUUUUGCACCGCGAGUGAUGAGGGUUCCAUCGUUCAUAUCGCCGUACGUCGUUCCUCUCGCUUUUGGUUUUCUGUAG